UAUCAACAAUCGAUCCAAAAACCUUAUAAUUUUUGUCUAAAUGUAGUGAAAAUGCCUGAUACAAUAAUAGAAUGUGUUCUGUCUGGAAAAAUUGAUUCUAAAUUAAUGAUUCAGUGGCUAAAUGGUCACUCUAUUGAGGGAACUUCGGAAGACAGUAUUUUACAGUGCUAUAAUCGGAACGAAUUUGUUGCAUAUUUCUUAUCGUUUUUGAGGAACCACACUGAUAGUAUUUUACAAACAAAUAGUAAUGUAGUACCUAUACCACAACAUCAAUGUACACCAGAGAAAUCUAUCGGUAGAAUACAUCACAGGUCUAUCAGUGACCCAACAUAUGAGAAUGAUAGAUCCAUAGAGCAUUCACAUGCAAAUAAGAAUGACAAGAAAAUUCAGGAGUCACCAUACCAUGAUAAAAAAAAGACAGGACGAAAGGUCAAAACAAAGCUGUUCCACGAAGAGAAGAGUAUCAAUCAGUCCCAUUCAUCUGAUGAGUCUAGAAUUAGUGUAGGUUUAGAAAGAAUUGCCUUAACAAGUACACCAAUGAAAAAUGGACUUAAGUCUGAAUAUCCAUCCUUUAGCAGCCCUGUUACUCCUCAGUCGAGGUCGUUCAAAGAUGUUGAGAGAUGUGAUACGCCAAGGCUGAGCAGAAAUCCAAGAUCUCAUGAUAAAAGCAUUAGUCUCGGAGAUUAUUUUGUAAAUGUUCAACCUAAGAGCUCCAACAAAAAGAAACGGCAAUCAAGGAAUUCAUCUAAUGGAGAUGAAACAAAAUCUGAAUUAGAUUGCAGCAACUCUGAAAUGUUUCCAGAAAUUGGUGCUAGAAAGUCUAGCUCAUUGAGAUCUGAAUGCAGGAGAAUUAAACCUACUAGUAUUGAUAAAAGUAAAAAGAGCCUUUCAUUGAACAGUUUCACACAAGAAACAUUUCAACAAUCCCCACUGGCUAUGGAGGAAAAUUCUGUGUUUAAACCAAAAGUGUUUGAAUCUACUACAAAUUUUGAAGCAGAGAGGAAUAUCUUAAGAGAAGAAAGACAUAAGUUAAUGGAAAAAUUUAAUAUUUUAAACACAUCUUUGUCUCCAAAAACUGUGACAGUACCACAAAUAAAAAUACUACAAAGAGAUAAAGUAGAAAAAAACAUAGUAUACAUUGAUGCUGAUAGUACGAAAGUAGUGUUUAAAGAUAAACUAGAUAUGUUAAUUCAAAUAUAUGACAUUUUACUGAGAAACAAUUUAAUAUUGAGUAUAAAUACAGAAAUUUAUUUUCUAAUAACGAUUCUUUUAUCGAAACAAAUCGAAGAUGACUAUAAUUUAUUUGAGAAGAAUGUAGAAAGUAAUAUUUACAAUUUUAUACUUAGGAGUAUACACAAUUGCACUUAUUUUGCUGUUAAAUCACUGUGGCAUUUACGAACAACAUUAGAAGUAAUAUUGGACAAGAAUUCUUUGAAAAUUUUGGGAGAAAAUAAAAAAGUUAGAGGCUUCUUUCCAGAACUAGCGAAAUUUCUACUUAACUCUUAUGGAUUGAAAUGUGAGGCUGAAGCAAAUUCUGAGAAAACAAAAACUGGAAGCGAAAGAUUUUCUAAUGGAAUAGUAUGCUUCAACUUUGAAACAGAUAAUGCUGAUAAUUUUCCAUCACUUUUGAGUUUUCAGAAUUUUAAAAAACAAAGAGAUAUGUUUUAUGAAAUAUUAAGGUGGUACCAGGAUACACAAUCAACUGGUGUCCCAAGAUCGACAUUCCGAGCCAGGAUAAAAGCUUUACUAACUUGUGGUCAAACUGCUGCCAACCAUGCACAUCUAGCUGCACUUUUUACUCAAAUGCUAGCCAACUGUAUACCUCCGAAUGAACAGGAAUCGAAAAUGAGUAAACUGCAACGAAGAUUGACGUGUCCAGCUGCGCCCGAGUCUCAUCGUCUUCCAUAUUUUAAUGACAAAGAAAUAUUUUAUAAGGAAUUUAUUAUGUACGCGGAGAAUGAAAGUUUUCGAGUGCACCUGCGUGACGCAUUGGCUUCUGAAAUUAUUAUUUUGGACAAUACACCUAUAGGAGGGGAUACAUCAAACAGUGCUGAUGUGGGCAAGGAAUUCCUUCAGUUAUCCAAGAAGUUGGGAUUGUUUUCAAAGUUUUUGGGCUACUUGACGGCCCUGCCGUAUUGCCAAGUGUCCCCAGAUCUAGCCCUCAAAACUGGAACACUCAACAUGGGCUCUCAGAAGGAAGACAAUUUCAUAGCUCCAAAAGACAAAGUAUUGGAAAAUAAUAUCGCUCUUAGAAAUUAUAGUCAACCGUACAUCAAUAUCAAAGGAAUGCUGUUAUCUGCGUAUGAGAAUGGACGCCUCUGCGUCACUAUUCCCUGGAUAGUCCACUAUUUGUCCAUGUUAGAUUUCACCAGCCUUCGGAUACACUACUACAAGGAGAUUCUGCAGAUACUCUUCCACAUAUACGCAAAUAAAUUGAAGAUUAAUAACAAAAGAAUAAUGAUCGUAUACCUAAAGUCCAUUCUUGGCUGGUUAUUUGAUCUGCCUCAUGUGCCGCAAGAGUUGUUCUACCAGAAGUUUAUAUUUAACGUCAAUGAGACUAGUGAUGUACUUGAUUCUAGUGAUUUUAUCGAUGAAACAAUGCUGCUAGAGUUGUGUCCGUGUCUAAAAGACUUGAACGUGUUGCUAACGACGUCGAAAGUGGGCGGAGAUCAGAAGGAUUCGGGCAGUUUCAGACAUAUUACUCCUGUUAGUUUGAACCUAAAUACUGAGGAGCGAAUGAAAAAUAAAGAAAGGGAAUUACAGCUUCGUUUAGAGGAAGAAUUCAUCAAGAGUCAACCGUCGUCUACUAGGAGGGUUCUGGAGCUGGUGAUAGAGAGAGUGACCUCGGCCGCGGUGAAAGAGCUGACUGCUGUUGUGCUGCCUGACGCCAGAGUUAGAGCGAGAAACAACGCGCUGGCGCUUAUCAACAACACUAAAGAUAAGACCAACUUGGUUCAAGCACUGGAAACCAUGUAUUUAGAGUUCUUGGAGCAAUUGAGGACUGAGUCACUGGAGAAGUAUACUUCGACUAUGAAGGGCAGAGUGGAUGGAGCCCUAUCUGCGCUAGUAGGGUCCGGGGGCGGAGCCCUAAGCGCCGCUGCGGUGAGGGCUUGUAGGACGCGCCUGACCGCCUGGCUGAAACACCAUUGGAGAUCCAGUUCGGUUCUGUGCAAGAACGUACAUACAGAACUAAUCAUGCUUCUCGAAGUUGGCGAGGGUGUUACCGGGCAAACAGCAGAGAGUAUCGCCGCACUGUCCACUGAUGAGUUUCAUACGUUCUGUAGCCCGGCUGAGACUAUUAUUAGUCUAAAGGAGCAAAUCUGCCUGCUACUGGAGUACGCGGACAUCCCCGAGCCGAGCGUCCUGCUGGAGGCGUGCGCGAACUGCUGCGCCGCACGCAACGUGUUCACGCGCCCGCCGGCACAGAGGGUGUUGCUGCAACUGUCUAUUGACUUCUGUCUGGUGUUCUUGAGCCGCAAACCCUCUGAAGUAAACGAAGGGUUUCUGAACAAACUCCACGUGGUGUGGAACACGUGCUGCCCGGAGCGAAAGAGACGGGAAGAGCCGGAGCCCGAGCGAGACUUCGGCGUCGACGACCGAGCCCCCACGCCCGUGUCUGAUGAUGAGCAGAGACUACAGGAUGUUAAACCUCCUGACACUCCAAUAGCGAAAUCAGAAGGAGAAUCUAGUGAACUGUUGGAAUAUUUUGACCGAAUACUGUGUCCACGCAACAUUGUGUUGCUCAGCGAGACGAAAUGCAAGGACACGGAUGUAUGGGAUGCUGUGUCGGUUUUGAUGGUGUUUCUACUGAAACAUAACUAUCUGAGUGAAGACUCGUUAACUGAACAAUGCUUGGCCGUGUAUAGACAAGACUGGCCGCAGAACAUCCUGAAAAAUCUGUCUACGUGUAUGAAGACGGUAUCAUCAAAGUGGUCUCGAGCUAGCACAGGCAAGUUUACAUUAUUUUUGGACUUUCUGGCGGACUACUGCGGUGAUAUGGACUACGAAAUCGUUGAUUAGAAUUUUAAUUUUAUAAAAGUGAACUAUAACGUGUUGUUUUUCAUAACAAAGCAACGAAAUGUACGAAAAUGUUUAUAUUGACAACGUCAUUAAUGGACUGUAGCCGACUGUAGACUGUAGUAGUUUUAUAUUAACCCCCUUACUGAUAAACUAUAUUGUUAGAGUAUCUAUAGAAAGUAUUCUUAAGGAUUGCAGUCAAAUCCUUAAAAAUAUCUGCAUAUACGAACGCUAUAGUUACACAAUGUUCUUCCUUUUCUGUCAAGCCACUGAUUCAAUAUCAGACAAGGACGUAACCAUAAAGUUAAUAUACCUAGCGGAAUAGAGACAAAGGCCUGAGCA